UCCAGACUGUCAGGUUGUGGAAUCACAAAGGAAGGCUGUGCUUCUCUGGUCUCAGCUCUGAAGUCAAACCCCUCACACCUGAAAGAACUGGAUCUGAGUAACAAUCAGCCAGAGGAUUCAGGAGUGAAGAAACUCUCUGCUUUGAUGGAGGAUCCACAAUGUAGACUGGAGACUCUGAGGCUGUCAGGCUGUCUGGUCACAGAGCAAGGCUGUUCUUCUCUGGUCUCAGCUCUGAAGUCAAACCCCUCACACCUGAAAGAACUGGAUCUGAGCUACAAUCAUCCAGGAGACUUGGGAGUCAGACUGCUCUCUGCUGGUCUGGAGGAUCCACAUUGGAGACUGGAGAAACUCAAUAUGGAUCAUGGUGGAGAGUGGAGGUUGAAAUCAGGACUGAAGAAAUAUGUCUGUGAUCUCACACUGGACCCAAACACAGUAAACAGAAAACUCUCUCUGUCUGAGGAGAACAGAAAGAUGCUGUAAAUACUUUACUAAACACAGACCACCAAAGCCAUUGGAUUGAUGUGACAGUUGACCGUCCAACAACAGAAACUUAGUGAACCUCCUCCUGUUAACUGAUCUACUAACCAUGAAGAAAGAGAACCAUGUAG